CCACGCAUUCGACUUGAUACUCACUCUAUUACACAAUGGGUAAAGUCCACGGUUCUCUCGCCCGUGCCGGUAAGGUCAAGGGCCAAACUCCCAAGGUUGCCAAGCAGGAAGGCAAGAAGAAGAAGGUCACUGGCCGUGCCAAGAAGCGUCUCUUGUACACUCGCCGCUUCGUCAACGCUGUUGCCGGUUUCGGAAAGCGAAAGAUGAACCCCAACAACAGCGACAAGUAAACAAGUUGUCCUUUCCGGGAAUGUCCACUCGAUUCUCCGCCACUUGUAGCUUGCAUGUUCAAUAAACCAAAAAAGACUACAGCGCGCAUAAAAGUCGAUUGCGAAGGCUCUGCUUCUACCGCGCGUUCCCAAAACGAAACGGAAUACCACCCUGUUUUGAGCCGGGGCUGUCGUUUCUUUCUGGAUCCCGACGCACCCAUCCAAAUGGCUGAAUCUGUGCCAUGAGAUUCGAUCAUCGCCCUGCAUGCGUCGUAUUCAGAACACCAUCGGGAUUG